CAGUGAGUGAUUCAAAAUUUGGCACAUAAACUCAAAAUUUCAGUAGCUACAUUUCUUCAACCAUGGAUUAUUCCAGUUGUCCAGCAACCAGAAGAAGACCACGUAUGGGAGUCAGCAGCUUGAGCAGGCUUUCACCACCGCGAGUUGAUCGAGCAUUACCGUUUUGCUCAACAGCAGCUCCCAGGCCCCAAACUCCUCCGCGUAUGCCACGUACCGUGCCCGGUUUAAGUAGAACUCCUAACAACAAUGAUUUCAAUCUCGAUCGAACCCUGUCUCCUGGUAGUGCAGAUAGGACGCUUACUGAACAUUCCAGCAUGCGAAGUAAGUCUGCAACUGAAAAUGUCAGCUUGCGAUCUCCCGAAGCUUCCAAGUUUGAAAAAACCAUGGAAGAGUUGACCAGGUUGGAGUUUGUGGAAAUGCAAAAUGUUGAAGAUGAUUUGAGAGAAUUUCAUGCAAAACGGAGAAAGCUAAUUUUUAGUAUACGGCUGUUGAAUGGUAGUAAAGCAAGGAAAAUGGUCAAGAAGGUUGCAAACAAAAUGGGAUUUUAAUCCCAUAUAUUUCUAAAUUUUGUUGAAAAUGUAUUAAUGUAUAUUUGAAAUAUAAUAUCUUUU